AUGGCUGCUGCAGGAUUAUUCGAGGAGACGGAUAACGAGUACAGGGGUCUGGACAUUUUGGUGAACGCGGGGGGCGUGCUGAAUGAAUCGAAAGAUGGCUGGAGAAACAUGAUCAAUACUAACGUGGUAAUUAUUAUUGUAAUAUUUAUUUAUUUAUUUUAUUAAAAAUACGGGCAGAAGCCCUUAGUUAUAAUAAUACAUAUAAGAUAACAAUCAGAUUACAAUAACAGGUAAUAAGUAUAAUAAAUACCUCUCUGUUACCGCAUAACUACCGCAUGUUAUCCUCCCUGAAAAAAGCCAUAUCUAAUAAGUUUAUACCCUUAUCCGCUUUUUAUACAAUUUCCAAAAAUGUUCAUCCCCUUCCAAGACCUAGCCCAAAGUCCGCCACUGUAUGCGCUUUGCAUACAGUGAAAAAAGAAAAAAAAGAGCGAAAAAAAACAAAACGUUUAUUAGAAUUAUUUACUGGCGUCGAUUAUUAUUAUUAUUUUUUGUUUUCCAGAAAGGAAUGAUCGAUUGCACGAAUGUAGGGAUGGAGCUGAUGAAUCGCCGUCACAGACCCGGAGUGAUCAUCAACUUCUCGUCAAUUUUUGCUAUUAGACCAAUACCGCAGUUACCCCUAUUUAGCGGCACCCACGCCGCCGUUUUGGGAGCCUUGUUGGGGUUCAACGUGAGUAUAUUAUGUUCAGUGGUACACCCAGGGGAAUGUGGGGGGCAACCCUUCUUAAAAUUUUAGAUUUUUUUACGAAUUCUACGUAAUAAUUUAUAUUACUUAGAUCAAAUAUCAGUAUUUUUAAAAACUAGAAAUAAGUACUAGGUUCGUUUAUGUGUUUUAGCGAAGAAACUCUUAUUUUUAGAAAGAGUUUUUUUUUGGAAAAUAACGUUUUUACAAGUGUGAAGGGGUAUGGUAGGAAACUUCACGUAGUAUCCCUAGUAACGGGGGUAAUUACAAUUGUCGAACGAUACCAUUAACAAAAUCGUUAAAUUUGUAUGUCUACAAUCAUUCCCCCUAAUCAACAAUUGCUAGCGCCGGCCCUUGUCUUGAUACCUAUUUCCGAGAUAAAAAUGAAUGAAACCGAAAAAUAGUUUUAACGGCAUUAGUGAGAUAUUAUCCAUUGCGUGGACGAUAAUAACUUAUUAAUCGUGUUUCGGUUGUAGAAAAUGGAAAACAACGACGUGCGAUUGUUAACAGUAUGUAUGGGUCCCACAGACACAACGAUGUUGUACAACUUAUCCGAAACUGAUGUUGGCGAAUGGGCAAAAGACAAUCUCCUCAACCUGACGGACGCUCUGAAAAUAAGACUAAAGUAA